AUGAAGCGCGGCCUUCCACAAGACAGUGACAGCGAUGACCAACUGGAGGGCAGUGACAGUGAUGACCAGCUGGGAGAUAGUGACACAGACCCCCAGGAAGAGAGUGACAGUGAUGCCGAACAAAGCGACAGUGACGCCAACGCCCAAAAAGGUGACAACGACGGUGAAAGUGACGACCAGGAAGAUGACGUGGAGGAUGAUGAAGACAGUGAGGGUCAGAACUACCAAGGGAUGACCAUGCAGGAGUUACUGAAGCUACAGGAGGAGAUAGGAACCAAGGCUUUCCAACAGAAGGUGCUGAAGAAAGGUGGAGGUAUCAUGGCGGCGGGCAAGGUUAGCAGCAGCAAACCUACCGUGAUGAAGACUAAGAGUAAACCUGUGCUUCAGCAGGUCACCAAGAACAGGCCGGUGGAGAUGCCCAUGAUGCGCCACGCUGCCCCCCGCCUGGCCACCCUUGACCCCGGCCGUAGCAGCAAGAGAAUGAUCGUCCGAGACCCGAGAUUUGAUGACCUCUCCGGGAAUCUCAACCUGAAGGCCUGGCAGGAGAACUACGGCUUCCUGAAGGAGACGAGGAAGAAGGAGAAGGAAGUGCUGAAGAAAGAGCUAAAGGCAGAGCAAGACCCGGAGAAGAAACGCAGAAUGAAGUCCAUCAUCCAGCGCAUGGAGAACCAGGAGAGGGAACAGGCCAGGAGGGAGAAGGAGCGGGAGGUGAAGCGAGAGGAGCGGCAGGAGCAGCGGGAUGCCUUGAGGCAGGGCAGGAAGCCAAAGUUUGUGAGCAACAAGGAGCGCAAGCUGUUGGUGAAGGCUGCGCACUUUGAGGACCUGAAGAAGGGCAACAAACUGGAGAAAUACCUCGAGCGGAAGGAGAAGCGUCUCAAGGCCAAGGAAAUGAAGAGGAAAUAUUAA